UUGGUGGCCAGUCUUGUUUGCCCGUCAGGUAUCAGGAAUCAGGAUAAUGUAGAACCGGGGGGCCGGGGGGAGAGGGGAAGGGGAUAGGGAGGAAGGGCCGGGAAGGAGCUGGUUUUUGGGAAAAUGGCGAUGUGUAUGGUGGCUCCCAAGCUCAGUAAUCUAGGGGCGAUUGUUUCGUUCCCGUCAAGUAAUAGAGGACAGUGGCAAAGGUGCUCGCUUAUGCCAGUAUAUUGUGCGCCCUUGCAGGAAGUCCGGCAAGAGGUCGAUGUGGGGAUUAUGUGUGAACCUUGCAACGGUAAAGGAUGGUUACUUUGUGACUUUUGUGAAGGACAAAAAAUCAACGUGAAAGCGGCCAAUAAGCGGAUCUACCGUCGAUGUCCAUCUUGUAGAGCUGUUGGGUACGUUUUAUGUUCAAAGUGCAAAGUUUUCAAGUGUGUAACUUUCCCUGAUUCCAGUGAUGGUGAUGGUACAUCUUUCUAAGCUUCCUGUUGA